AUGAAUAUACAAACUUUAGAAAAUAUUGCAAAAGUUUAUCGAUUUAAUAUUUCUCAGCUUGAAUUAGAACCUAAACAUACAGAAAACAAAGAAUUAACAAUAAAUGAUAUAUAUUUAUUAGUUAAUUCUUUGUUUGAUAAUAUUGAAAAAGAAGAUAAUAAUUUACAAGAUAAUAAAAUUGAUCAAUCUACUAUUUUAGAUUCUAUUAAUUCUACAACUGAAAAUUUGGAAUUAAAAAUCAAUAUAUUUGUUGAUUUUAAUUCACAAAUUUUUGAAUCAUUUAAUAGCACUAAAAAUAAUUUUAUUGCAGAUAAGAAUUUUGAAAUAAUGAUACAAAAAAUUUUGAUGAUUAUGAUCCAGAAACUAUUUUUUAAGAUAUAA